AUGAGUUCACUGAUGGAUGUCAAGCCUGCCAACGUGCCAUUGGCAGCGAAGUCUGGCGACCCACAUGAUGAGUCGAAGGCUACUACUACUGUUGCCGCUGAUAUGAACCAAGAAUUGGAUCGCCUUGUUUCCUCGAUCGAUGCCAGCAACGAGAUCCUAGAGGGACUGCGCAAAUUUAACAAGGAUCAAUGGAUCCUGCGGUACCCGUCCGCUUCAGAGAGCUCUGAAGUAACAUCACCACUCUCCGUGCUGCGUCUCGACAUCAAGUUGGGCGCGGCGCCCAAGGCCAACACCCUGGUAGACUCGUUGGAGAAGUCUUCCGUUGGCCAGCUUCUCGACGAGCGCAUGAGUCGGUCUCUACAGCACUUGAAGAGCCUGCGUGUGCGUAUCAGCGACACGCAGUCGAAGGUGUUGGUUACCGGUGACCUCAACUCGGGCAAGUCCACGUUUGUGAAUGCAUUGAUGCGUCGUGCUCUUGUCCCCACCGACCAGCAACCGUGCACCACUGUGUUCUGCGAAAUACAUGAUGCUUCUCGUGAGAACCAUGGUGUUGAGGAGGUGCAUGUGAUCCGAGACAUGAACCAAUACGAUGUGAACGACGAGACGACGUUUACGCGCCGUGACUUGAGCGAGCUGGAACAGAUUUUCAGCGAGGAGGAAGAGGCAACAGAAGAUCUUCCUGUACUUAAGUGCUUCUGCUCCAACGCGCGCGAGGCAGAAGAAAGUCUGCUGCACAAUGGCGCUGUGGACAUUGCGCUGAUCGAUGCACCGGGUCUGAAUCAGGACAGUGUGAAGACGACAGCCGUCUUUGCCCGGGAAGAGGAAAUUGACGUGGUUGUAUUUGUUGUCAGCGCCGAGAACCACUUCACACUAAGCGCAUGCGAGUUUCUGCAGAAUGCGAGCAACGAGAAGGCCUAUGUUUUUGUUGUGGUAAACAAGUAUGACCAGAUUGUCAACAAGGAAAAAUGCCGCCGCCGUGUAUUGGAGCAGAUCCGUGAGCUGAGCCCCCGCACCUACGAAGAAGCCAAUGAGCUCGUGCACUUUGUCGAUGCUCGUUCGAUGUGUGAAUCGGCGGAGGGUGAUCAGGCAGAGCGCUUUGCCUCUCUGGAAACGAAUUUGCACGACUUUGUGCUGCGUCGUCGCGCCAAGUCGAAACUACUGCCGGCCAAGACCUAUAUGGAGCGCCUCUUGGGCGAUAUUUUGUUCCUUGUACAGCUGAACGAGAACGCUGCACAGGAGGAGUUGGCCGAGGCUCGCCGUGAACUGAGCAAGAGCCGCCCGGCUUUGGCCUCUUGCGAGUCUAACUCGGUCAAGGCCCAGCGCCUGGUGGAAGGCGAGGAAGACAAGCUGGUCUCAUCGAUCACGCAAAGCACCGAAGAGACGCUGGUUCGCGCACUGGACACAAUCGGACGCGGCGAGUCCGCCCAUGCGUCGGUAGCGCUGCCGACCUACCCUGGUCUAUUCCGUCUCUGGCAAUAUGCUCAGGAUGUGCGCAGUGCGCUGCUGGCCAGUCUGCAGGCAGCUGUGACUGAGUGCGAAGGCGAGGCUCGCGGCGCAACGACUGACGCUGUGGCACACAUCACCCAGGCCGGUGAGGCGUUCCUGCCGCCGGGUACGGAGCUGCCCAAGCGCGUAUUUGUACCUGAGGCCAUGUUCUCGAAGAAGCCGGGUAUGACCGCAUUGGCGGGCCUAGGCGUCAACAUCGAGGUUGUGCAAGUGCGCAUGUCUGACCUCUUUGACAUUCAACACCAUGUUGAUAUGGUGAUCGGCGCAACGGAGCGCCACAGCAAAGCCACUGAGGAGCGCUCGCUUGCUUCUCCGAGCUUCACACUGGGCCUGGGUGCCCUUAGUCUGGUGGGCAGCCAUGCACUGAGCAUUCGGUCGAUCACUGAAGCUUUUGUGCGCCUUACGGACAUUCUAGGCAGCCGCGCUGUGCGCCGGUGGGCCGGCCCCGCUCUGCUUGUGCUGGGUGUGGGUGCAGUGGCCUGGGUUGUCUCCGAUAUGCGGCAGGCAGUGCCGCGCAACGUGGGCCGCAACCUGCGUAAGGAGCUUAUGACCGGUACGGGUGUCCUGACACUUCCUGGACAUAACGGUAUGCUCCAACGGCAUUCGAAGAAUGUGUUUGCAACGAUGCAUGGCAUGCGCGUGAACCGCGAAGUGCGCAAGGUGCUGCGCCUGGCCAGCUGGGACAUCCAGGAGAAGUUCCGGAUUGUCAUCACGCAGCGCCGCGCGGACGUGCAGAAGGCCGAGUCCCAAGAGAAGCAGGCCGAAAUGGCGCUUGAGUGGCUCCUUCAGACCGCCUCACGUUGUGUGUCUGUGCAGGAAGAGAUCCCGUCGACCUUGGAAGCUGCGACGGCGUAG